AAAAUUCGGAAAACCCAGACUUCCGCCUGAAAAAUCCGGAAGUCUGGGGAAACUUGUGAGAAAAUUUGAGAGAGAGAGAGAGAGAAUUUUAGAGAGAGAGUGUGUAGGUUGUGAAAUGACUUGUGAGUUUCGAAAGUGAGUUUUCCGAGUAUUUAUAAAGGAGGGGCAAAUUAGGAAAUUCAAGAAAACAAAGCGAGCGUCACCUUGUAAUUUGUGAACGACGUUUAACAACACUCUUAGAGUUUUCUAGACAAAUAUAUUAUAUGGUAAUCUAUAAGAUUUUUCUAGAUUAAUCUUUUUAACAUCAUGAUGUGCAUUCGGUAGUUGGUUUCCAUUUUUGAGUCUGCAAAGGGGAUAUUGCAAUUGGUUUCUUAAUUGGGCAUGUACAAGGUUUCAAAUUUCAGAGUUUUCACCUCAACAUCAGAAUGGUUGAUUGUGUCUGAAUUUUUUGCAUCCAUUAUUGUUGCACUACCUUAUACGGAAUUACGGAGUACGUUGAGUUUAUGAUUUAGCUUUACUGCUUUAGUCUUCUCAUCUUCUGUUCUGUUUCUGUUUUUUUUCAUUUAUUUUUUUUUUAUUUUUUGGGAGGGCUACUUUCUUUACCUUCCACCAAAAAAAGCUCAAUACAAAAUGCAGUGAGUUACAAUAUAUGGAGUAAGUGAGUAACAGGACAGUGGGAGUUUUUUUUAUUUUUGAAGAAAAAAAAAAUAAUAAAAACAAAAAAAAAAAAAACCCUCAGUAAUAAAAUUUUAUGCAAGCAACUGUAUGAGACAUUAAUCUUCAAGGCAGGACUAAACACUAAAGUAAGGACAAUGAUCAUUACAAUUUCAAAAUCUUAUAAGCAAAUACUUCGUACAAUACUAGUCAUGGAAUGGGCCAUACACAAGAAAAUAAAAAAUAAAAAAAUCAAUCUGAUAACAGAAGUUGAUUUUUUUUUUUUUAAAUCACAAGACAAAAGUCCUAUGUUACCCAUGCUUUUAAUGCGAAAAAUGUUCAAUUUCAACAAAAAAAGUAACAAAACAAAAGUAUUUUUUUAUUUUAAAAAAUUAAAAGUACUUACAAAUGUUAAGAUAACACUUGGCAAAGUAUAAUUCUACCAAAGUGCCAUACACAUGCUGUCAAGUGUCAACAUUCUCCUAUCUCUUCCCAAUCUUCCGGACAAUUCUCUACUCUUCAUUAUUCUCAAACCCGUUUAUCUUCAAUUCAAUAUUUUUUCAGUUUCAAAUAAACGUAUCAUUUAGUUUCAAAACUGAUGUAAUUUGUGUGAUUUAUAACAAUAAUCACAUUUAAUUACCAAAGCUGUUUUUAAACGUUUUGUUAAUCUCUUUGUUGUUUUCCUGUCAUACUAUACCUCUCUUAUUACCUUACCAACUUAUAAUCACACAUGGUAUGAUCACAACAAUAUCCUUCUUUUUCUCAUCUUGGACACCUCUUGUUAUACAUUCAAUUUUGUCGAUUUCGAACUCGUAGUAUGAUUUGAUUGGAUUAUAUUAUUAGAAAGAUUGUUCCUUUUGGUGGUGGGUUUGAUUUGAUUGGAUUAUAUUGUUAGAAAGAUUGUUCCUUUUAGUGGUGGGUUUGUUAUGUUAGUGUGAAUCAUAUUGUUGUACAUUAUAGGGGACACCCAUUUUUAGGUGAUCUCAUUUUGUGUCGUGUUUGUGUUCGUGUUUUGUUGAGGCUCUGAGGCUCUUAUGGAUCAAAGGACGGUUUUGAUCAAUGUGAUAGAACCAACUAGUCUAUAUUCAUAAACCCGGAUGCCAAAAUCCCAAAUUUUUGGCCAUUUGUUUUGAGGUAAAGAUCCAAUUAUAGGAAAGAGCUUGUUCUGAUUAAAAUGCAGGUAAGGAUAAUGAACGGCGAUAAUGGGAAAGACGCCGUAAGUUGUGCUAGAACUGUCCCAAACAAAUCUUGGUCAUUCAAGAUCUUGUACUUUAUUUUGAUAUUCUUUGUUCUUGGUCUUGGAGUUUGCAUAUUAAGUAUGAAUAUGAUCAGGUAUCUUGGGUUGCGAAACAUGGUGUUGAGAGAAUCGUCGAGGUUAGAACCUUGCGAUGAUGCUACAAAUACUCUAGAAUGCUGGAGAAAACCGCCUUCUAAUCUUAUGCAUAACAUGAAUGAUACUGAGUUAUUUUGGAGAGCUACAUUUGCUCCUCGAAUUCAAGAGUAUCCUUACAAGAGGGUUCCGAAGGUUGCAUUCAUGUUUCUGACAAGGGGACCUUUGCCGCUUUCACCUCUUUGGGAGAGGUUUUUUAGAGGCAAUGAGGGACUUUAUUCCAUCUAUGUUCAUUCACUGCCUGGCUAUAGAGCAAAUUAUUCCCGUUCUUCGGUUUUUUAUGGCAGACAGAUUCCUAGCCAGGUCACAGAGUGGGGGAAGAUGAGCAUGUGUGAUGCUGAGAGGAGACUUUUGGCAAAUGCGUUGCUCGAUCUGUCCAACGAAUAUUUUGUUCUGCUUUCAGAGGCCUGCAUUGCUACCCGUAACUUCACCAUUGUUUACCGUUACAUUUCAAAAUCUCGUUACAGCUUUCUAGGCUCCUAUGAUGAACAUGGACCCUAUGGAAGGGGGCGAUAUGACAAGCGCAUGGAGCCUGAGGUCACCCUCGAGCAAUGGAGAAAAGGUUCCCAAUGGUUUGAGGUUAACCGUGAACUUGCUCUCCGGAUUGUAGAGGACAAAGUUUACUAUCCAAAGUUCAAGGAAUUCUGCAAGCCUGCUUGUUAUGUGGAUGAGCACUACUUCCCCACAAUGCUAACGAUCCUAGUUCCACAUUUGCUAGCAAACCGAAGCCUUACGUACACAGACUGGUCUAGGGGCGGACCCCACCCAGCUACAUACGGCAAGAAGGAUAUUUCAAAGGAGUUCUUUGACAAGAUAUUAGGAAGGCGAAUGUGCUUCUACAACCAUCGCCUCGUCUUUCUAUGCCAGCUUUUUGCUCGAAAGUUUGCACCCAGUGCUUUAGAACCCCUUUUGAGCUUGUCAUCUGAAGUUUUUGGAUACUGAAAUAGGGAAUAGAGACU